AUGUCCUCUUCUGCAGAACGGAGUGCGCGACGAGGCGCGUUGAUUGUUGUUGAGGGACUUGAUCGCGCCGGGAAGUCCAGUCAAUGCGAGAUGCUACAGACCUACCUCGCUGAAAGAGGCCAUGACGUUAAAUAUAUCCGAUUUCCAGACCGCACCACGCCGAUCGGAAAGCUCAUUGAUGCAUACCUCCGCGGCUCGGCUGAUCAAAAUGACCAUUCCAUCCAUCUUCUCUUUUCUGCAAAUCGGUGGGAACUCGCCAAGAGCAUGCAAAGGGACAUCGCUGCGGGUAUCAGCAUAGUUGUCGACCGAUACUCCUAUUCAGGCGCGGUUUACUCAGCCGCGAAGGCCAACCCCACUCUUUCAUUAGACUGGGCCUGGCAACCGGAGAUUGGGCUGCCACAGCCUGACCUUUGUUUGUUCCUGAACAUUUCUACCGAAGCGGCUGCGCAAAGGGGUGGGUUUGGCGAAGAGAGAUACGAGAAUGAAAAGAUGCAGACUCGUGUGCGCGAGAUCUUCCGGGCUCUAUUCGACCGCCAGGACAAAGUCUGUGUGAUUGACGCAGGAAGGGCCCUGGAUGAGGUUGCCAAGGAUGUUCACAUCGCAGUAGAGAAAUGUUUUGUCAAUUCAUCGAGGAACGAGCCCUUGGGAACCCUUGGACCGCUUGCUCCGCGAGCCGGAAGUGUGCCUUCUCUGUCAUGA